AUGUACAUCGAUGAGCCUCAUCUGCGUUACGUGGACUGGAAAAGGGAUCCCGGGCUGAGGAAGCUCUACUUCUGGGCGUUUAUUCUCUGCAUUGCAUCUGCUACCACGGGAUAUGACGCCUCAAUGCUGAACAAUCUACGAAUGCUUCAUCGUUUCAAUGACUACUUCGGCAAUCCAACAGGGUCUACGCUCGGCCUCUUAACUGCGCUCUACUCGAUAGGAUCGAUUAUCUCAUUACCAGUCGUCCCUUUCGUGGCUGACCACAUGGGGCGGAAAGCUGCGAUUGCUCUCGGGUGUACGGUCAUGAUCACAGGCGCUAUCGUCCAGGGCACAGCAACAACCCUCACAAACUUCAUGGCUGGACGUUCGUUGAUGGGAUUCGGUAAUUCUCUGGCACAAUUGUCGUCUCCGUUACUACUCACGGAGCUUUGUCAUCCACAGCAUAGAGCUCGCGUUACUGCCACGUACAACUGCUUGUGGUAUUCAGGGGCCAUCGUUUGCACCUGGCUUACAUUUGGCACCAAGAGACUGGACAGCAACUGGUCGUGGCGAGUACCAGCUCUCGGUCAAGCCCUUCCCUCCAUUGUACAACUCCUUUUCAUAUUCUUUAUACCAGAAUCACCCCGUUGGCUUGUCGCUAGAGGUCGCAAUCAGGAAGCUCUCAACAUCCUCGGCAAGUACCACGCGAAUGGCGAUAUUAACGAUCCCGCCGUCCAAUAUGAAUUUCAUGAAAUUCGAGAGACCCUACAGAUCGAGUUUCAGUAUCAGACAAGCUCAUCAUACCUGGACUUCUUCAGAACACCCGGCAACAGAUACAGGCUUCUUCUGUUGGCAUCUUUGGGCCUCUUUUCACAGUGGUCAGGCAAUGGAUUAGUGAGCUACUACGCUACCGAUGUAUACAACAGCAUAGGAAUAAGGGAUGCGGAUAUGCAGCUCGGAAUGAAUGGCGGUAUUACCGUCAUGUCGCUCAUUGUUUCCGUUUCCUGUUCGCUGCUUGUUGACCGCGUCGGACGCCGGCCCCUCUUCAUCGCCGCCACAGCUUCAAUGUGUACUUGCUUCAUCGUAUGGACAGUAGCAUCCUCAAUACAAGAGGAGAAGCACAGUAUUCCGGCUGGUCGUGCAGUUAUUGCAUUCAUCUGGAUCUUCCAGUUUUGUUACUCCGUUGCCUGGACGGGUCUACUGGUUGCGUACACCGUCGAGAUUCUUCCUUUCAAGAUCCGUGCCAAAGGCCUGAUGAUCAUGAACGUCUUCAUACAAGUGGCUUUAACGAUUAAUCAAUAUGUCAAUCCGCUCGGCUUCUUACAUUUAAAGCCCGCAUGGAAGCUGUAUACCAUCUACGCUGUAUGGGUCUUCCUCGAGCUUAUCUUCGUAUGUUUUAUGUAUAUCGAGACGCGCGGGCCGACACUGGAGGAGAUUGCGAAGAUCAUUGACGGCGACGAAGCGAAGAUCGUACCAGCUGAUAUCGUACAUCUUCAUCAACGCGUCAGCUUUCCGGGCCUAGAUAAGGACCAUACUGUUCGCUAUGAGGACAUCAAGCUCCAGCAGCUUCAGAGUUCUACUUCCGGAUAG